AUGUUGUCCGACUCUUCGUGUAGUUCAUCUGAUCGGUCAUUCAAAUUUCCAUUCGAUACAACUGAUGCUCUGUCGAUCCACGAGCUGGCUGUUAAAGAUCUACCAAAACCGGAUGCUGAAAAUCCGUUUAGUGUUGCUAUGCAUUCACCUCCAGGAUCGCCGCCCUUUGCUGUAGACAGAAAAUCAGUGGACAACUCAGUUGUCGCUGUAACUGAUACACCGUUCGAGUUUGCUCCGAGUCAAAAGUCAUCACAGCAUACGAAUAGGCCACCGCCGUUUGUGAAGCCUGAAGAGGAAAUGAUGUACAUAAAUCAUGUUGAACGCCUCAAGCCCAAAUUCGCCAUUGGCAAUGAGCUCAUCCGAGCAUUUCUUGCAGAAUUAUUCUGCACUGGAUUCCUAGUUUUCGGAGGAGAAUGUGUCAAUGCGCAAUAUGUUCUUUCACAAGGAAAGAACAACGAAUGGAUUGGAAUUUCAGUUGGUUGGGGACUUGUAUUAAUGCUUGCUGUGCUCAUGGGAUCCAAGAUAUCCGGUGCUCAUUUGAAUCCUGCUGUAUCAUUCUUUCAACUCACUCAAGGGAAAAUCAAUUUGAUACGCUUUUUAGUGUAUGCAGUGGCCCAGAAUAUUGGAGCAUUUCUUGGAGCAUUCGGAGUUUUUUGUGUAUAUUAUGAUGCCAUAAACGUAUUCGAAGGAGGAAAUCGUACAGUAACCGGACCAACAGCAACUGCAUCUAUUUUUGCAACCUAUCCUGGACCCUUCUUAGGAACUUUCAAUGCAAUUGUGGAUCAAAUCGCCGGAACUCUAGUACUUUGUCUUGGAGUAGCAGCCAUCACAGAUCGUCGAAACGGAAUACCAGCCUUCCUCCAACCAGCAUGGAUUGGAGCACUUCUCGCAUUCCUCGGAAUGUCACUUGCUUUAAAUGCUGGUUAUGCAAUCAAUCCAGCACGUGAUUUUGCACCUCGUCUCUUCAAUUUAUGUGCAGGUUACGGAUGGGAAGUUUUCAGUUAUAGAAAUUAUAAAUGGUUCUGGAUUCCAAUUAUUUGCCCAAUGAUUGGUGGCGUUCUUGGUGCAUGGCUUUACGAAUUUUUCAUUGGUUUCCAUAUUCAAGAUGAAGAUGCUGUCUCAUUAGAUUCCGAAAGUGAUAAGCAAUUGAAGACUAUGAUUGAUAAUAUGGUAGAUAUUGAGAAUCAACUUCCCGAAUAUACAGAUAAGAAACAAUUAUCCGACAUAGCAUCGAUUCAUCAAAACCCAAGUUUGCGAAACAUUUAGUCAACGCUUGUUAUUUAUCUCUGUUUUACAAUUCCUUUGUAAAAUUGGAUGGCUUGUAUUAAUUCAUGAUCUUUUCGAAAUGUAUUUAUUGUUUAAUGAAAUGCAUAAUAAUAAAAAUUUAAUUAC